GGGAAGUAUUUUCGGAUUCGCGCUCGCGCAUGACAUAAUAUUUAAAGCGUCGCGGCGACGAUUCCGGUCAACGUGUCGAUCCAUCGUCAUCGACGAGCGACGUCCAAGGGAGGUCACGACAUUUCCGUACCAUCCACAAUCCGCAGUCGCAGAUUAGGCUUCUUCGUCGUGCAAUCGAGCAGAUUGCGCCUGUCGUAGUACCGGACACUGCUCUUGGAAAUUUUCCCGGUGCUGCAUCAUGGUCAGCCGCAUCUCUACCAUCUCCCUGUCAGUAGAAAAAGAAAAUCGCAAUGCGUCCACAGAAGAAAUCGCAGAUUUUGAGAAAGCGAUGGAGAUAUGUGGAAACGGAAGAUAUCAGUACACUUUGCUGCUGGUUUGCGGCGUGAUAUUCAUGUGCGUCGGCUGUCAAUAUGGUGCAAACGCAUACAUUUUGCCGUCAGCUGAAUGUGAUCUGAACAUGAGAUCUGAAGAAAAAGGGCUUUUGAACGUCGCCUUCCUCCUAGGUUCGGUGAUCAGCGCCCUUUUCUGGGGAGUUUUCGCAGGCGCCUAUGGAAGAAGAAAUAUCCUGUUGCUGACUCUCUUUUCCGAUAGUAUCUUGACGCUGAUUGGAAGUUUCUCGCAAAGCUUCAAUCUAUUCCUAGUGUUUAGAAUCAUAAGCGGAUUCAUGAUGGGCGCACCUGGUUCCUUAUUAUAUACGUAUCUCGGUGAAUUUUAUGCAGAGAAGCACAGAGCGAAAAGCAUUUGUUUCCUAGGCUUUUUCUUCACUCUUGCUUGGUUGAUAUUACCUGGCUUGGCGUGGAUUAUUAUACCGUUGCCGAUAUCCUUCGACUUCUACGGCAUUCGGUACAAUUCUUGGAGAUUAUUCCUUGGCGUUAUUAGCCUACCAAUUUUCACUAUAGCAGUGAUAGCUCUCAUAUAUCCCGAAAGCCCAAAGUUCCUGUUGUCACAAGGUAAAACCAAAGAGGCUCUCGUGAUUAUCCAAAAGAUCUACGCGGUAAACACUGGACGUGAUAAAAGCGAAUUUCCAGUGAAGGAACUCCUUUCUGAAGCCGGAUUCGAAUUUAAAAAAGACAAGACACCAGUUUCCUCAUCGGAUAUGUUAGCGGAAUUGCUGAAAAAUAUUUGGUGGCAAUUGCGUACCAUUGCUUCGCCACCCUUCUUAAAGUACGCCAUUCUCUUGUGGAUGAUUUAUUUCACAAACAUGUUCGGGUACUAUGGCUUUAGUCUCUGGCAGCCGGAAUUGUUCAAUCGUUUCGAGAGCUAUCAUCAAUCGCAUCCGAAUGCAUCAGUGACGGUCUGUGAGCUGAUACACAAUACGCAGUCAAUGAAUGUCACCGUUCUGGAAGAACCAUUUGUCCUUUUGGCAAACGAAGCCACAGCGGAAUGUAAGCCGCACAUAGACGACCGGGUAUUCAUUAACUCUCUGACGAUCAAUGCCGUUUGCUUAUUCGGGAAUAUUAUUUCCGGACAUCUGGCAAAUCGAGUUGGUCGUCGAACAAUGCCGGUGAUUACAAUGCUUAUAGCUGGUAUCGCUGGUCUCGGUAUGUACUUCGUCAAAUCCUCGCUGCAGAUCGUUAUAACAGCGUGCAUUUUUUCCCUGAUGUUGACCACGGCAAACAUCGUGCUUUCCAGCGUGGCAGUCGACGUCUUCCCCACGCAUAUAUCCGCCGUUGCGUUAUGCAUGAUGGCCUGCUUGGGCAGAUGUGGCGCGGUAGCGAGUAAUCUAGCAUUCGGUAUGCUGCUGGAUCUCAGCUGCGAGAUCCCGAUAUUCCUACUAGCCGCUAUCACCAUAUUUGGCGGAAUGCUGUCCUUUCUGAUUCCAAACAAAGACAAGAAGUGAAAAUCAAAAGAAAACUAGAAGAGAGAAGGACAUGUAUUAAACUUGAAAAAAAGUUCAAAGUGUCAAAUAAAAUGUUCCGUAUUAUUUUUUACGUGCUGUGACGUUUGCGCACAAUUUGGAAUACACGAUGGUGCCUAUUAAUCUGUAAAUAAUAAUUAUUACCAUCGAUCGACAAAUUCUCGAUUUUAUCAAAGUUUAUAUUCCAAUUUUUUUAUACUUGCAUCUUAUAUCAAUGUUCAGUGAAAUCAAAACAAUUAUAUAGAGAGAUUUAUAUUUUUAAGUAUAUUUAAUUUAUUUUGAGAACUACGCAAUGUAUUCGUUCAUAUUUAUUUGGAUAAACAAUUUUGAAUAAUAAAUAAUAAUCUCAAUUUUUAUCAAUCAUCAAUCAAUUCAUUAAUGUUUUGAUUUUAUUGAACAAUGAUAUAUUUUAUAUCUAACGAGCGCUUGUCGAUCAAAUUGCAUUUCUUUGUAAAUAAUCAUUCCAACAGAUAUUUAUAAAAUUAUAUUUGUAUAUCUCUUACAUCCGUGUGGAAUGUAAUACGCUGCGUAGCCUUGGAUGCGUGUUUCAAUUAGUGAUGAAAGAAAUGUGAAGAGCGAUCUGUUUCUUUGUUACGAGUGUUCGAAUUUAAAAAUAAAGUGUUAAUAUUAAA